AGCUACGAUCCUUGGGGUGACUGCGAUACUCCUCAAGCAGCGGAACUUUUAAAAAUCUUGAACGAUUACAUCCUCUUGAUCCCGGUCAAUGAGUCCUCGAUCCUUUAUUCAACACAGGCGCUCACUGACCAACUGCGUCUAACUUACGCCAUGAUCAUUUCCCUCUUUACUGCCUCCGACUACAGUCUGAACUUAGACCCACCGGCUUCUCCAUUUCGUCCACGUACCUUGGGUAGUAUCCUGUACAUGAUACAGCUUAUAAUGAACCCAAGUAUCGUUCAAAAUUCGAACGAUUCACCCAUCAGACCAUGUCAACAACUCGAUUCAGCACAAAUCUUGUUGUUACAUUGGGGAGAUUUUAUGUGCUGGUGCUGGGGAACGUGGAAUGACUACAGAGUUGCAAACACAGAGUGUGUUACUCAAUUAACGGCAACCUGGUUGUAUCAUUUACAACUUGGCGUCGAUUCGGCGCCAUAUCAAGACAUUCAUAAUCCGCAUAUUCUCCUCGACAAAAAUCCUUCGGCUGCUAAUUAUGCGUUUCUGCAAGUUCUCCAUCGUAGUACGACCUCCCUUCUGGCAGCAAGACAAAAUGCGACUCUACAGGAGUCUUUUUACGUCGUCCUGUUUAAUGCAUGCCGUGCCAUCGACCACCUGCUCCGUAACGAGUUGGUUCGUGGGUCCGGAUUGACAGGUAUAGAAAUCACAGCAAAAUGUUUGUUGGGUGUCUUUGUUCUGUUGCAUUUGGAGACAGGGAAUGAUGGAAGACUACAAUUGAAAUCGACCAUCUUGGAAUCAUUAACCAUGGUCAAUGAAGGAGCGUUUGCACAAGCCAUAAACGAUAUUUGUGAAGAUAAGGAAAUUCAUUUCAAGGAGCGGAUUGAUGAGUUAAUUCUACAGUCGAGACGAGGAUUGAUACGAUCUACCGAAUCCGAGCAAAACCUGUCCAAUGCCCAAGCGGACGAAGUCAGACUUGUCCUUUAUCUCCUAUUGCGGAUAUGGCACUCUGCCGAAGGUCGAAAACACGUACAACGACAGCCAAUCCUGAAUCUACUGACUUCAUUAACGAAUCGACUUCUAAAAGAUCAAAUUGCCUCGCCUUUAGCCUACAACCGUUUACGCGAAGCCAUAGUCACCGGGUUCUGUGUUCUUGAUACAGACCCAGCUGGCACACCCCUCAAGAGUCCGAAGCAAGAGGAUGUCUGGAGAUUUGCUCUAAACGCCGGAUCCUCGAACCUAGUUGUAACAUCUAGUUUUGCGCAUCAUGUUAUGGCCGCAGCGCGUCUUCCAGACCCUUUGACCUGUGCGGAAGCGUGGAAUCACUUACGAGAUACGAUGACUCUUAUUUUUCGUCGCCAAUUCUUAGAAGAUGAACAAGCUGUCGCGCUUAUUGUAUCUUUGGGUGUAUGUGGUGCACUGCUACGCCUUUUAGAUUCGGAUGUUUCAACAGAACACUUCAUAUUAUCUUCACCCUGGACCAUGAGCUUCUGUGUCGAACUCAAGAAGAUACUGCAAGGGGAGAUGGAAGAAUCAGAGAACGAUUAUUUUCAACUGCUGAAACGACAACUGAUCUCAAUUGGGCCCGUUUUACUCGACACACUUCGCUCCAAACUUGAUUCCGACACAGCUCGGAUGAAGGAAGACAUGCCUACAUUUCAAUCGCGAUUGAUUUAUCAUGGUCAAUACCCUAAUUACACACUAUUGCUGGUAUCUCAUAUGUUCGAAUGACAGUAUCACCUGGUGGACCAAAAGGAUAACUACACAAAAAACCCACCGAAGAAGUUUGAUAGCGCCGGGAAAGUGACAGCUUAACAGUGCAUAACCUGGUCCUGUACGUUAACAAUAUUCGAUCUGCAUAUUGAAGCCUCGUGGAUCCCCACCCGGACCAAGGACUAGUAAUGCAAAAAUGACAUGACAAAAUUAAACCUGCUAAGCGUAAGCUGUGAACCCAUCGUACUGCUUCCUAAUUUCUUGCGCUGCCAGAUCGAGGAACAAUGGGGUAAAAAAAUCCGCAUUGACCAAUUGGAGUAGAGAUAGAUU